AUGCCGCCGCCAUCCAAAUCCUCGCCGCCCCCGUCCCCGCCCACUGCCCCCCGGACCAAAAGGGGGCUCUGCCUAAAGUACCCCCCAUCGAAAGCCCCCCUCCCCAAGCGCCGGGAAGGGGUGCCCCUUCGAGCCUCCCGGCCAGGCCACCUAGCGAACUGGCGAGUAUUCAAACUUGUCAUAUUAUCUCCCCUGUGGGGGGUCUCUUCUCUGACCACUGGGGCGGAGGGGGCUCUGCCCGGCGUGCUCCCCUUCGAAAGCCCCGGGUCUUCGCGCCUCGCGCUCGGCCGCCCGCUUCGCGCGCGCCUUCGGCUCACCUUGUUAUCUAUCCUCCGCCCGCCCCGCCAGACCGGCCAACUCCCCCGCCGCGCCAACUGGCGCCCCCGCCCCCCUCGACCUACCCGGCGGCCUCGCCCGGCCCCUCUCCUAGGGCCGCGACGCGCCACCGGCGGCCCCCUCGCCCCGGGCCCGGAGGACCAAGGACCGCCUGUAGCGCGUGGCGGGGUGGGCAACGGUGCGCCGGGGUAUCCUACCGCGAGGGUCACCCUGCCAGGGCCCCAGCCGUAA